AUGCCAUUUUUUUGUGCCCAGUGUUGCCGAAGAAUUCGCAAUAGACAUGAAAAACAGCAUAAACUUUGGCACUCUUCAAAUGACACAACAACUGUAGACUUGCACAACCUGGAGACUAAUCAGUAUCAAAGAAAGAAAGCAAGAACUGAACAUGAUACUCAGGCUGGAUCUUACACUGAAAGAAAUAGUCAGCAAGAAAACAGCGAUGGUGAACCUGGUAGCGAUGGCGGAUAUGACUUUGGAGACUCUGAUGGACUCGGCGCUAACUAUAGUGACAAUCAGAUGUCUGACAGUUGCGAGGCAUUACCACCACUGGAUGCUAAAAAUACUGAGAUCCACAAGAUCUUCAGGGAAGAAAACUUGACAAACUCAAGCAUCCGAAGACUUGUUCAAUGA